GCGGCAUAGAGCCCAAAUCCGAACCGGAUCGUCCUCACUUCCAAUCUCUUCUCGGUAUUUCUCUGAAAGUUCUUUCUGUGUGUCCAAAACCCCUUCUGUCUCCCUCUCGAAAGCUCCAUCGGUGACUACCUUUUCUCUUUUCUAUUUUCAAGGUGCUUCUUUUCGAGCUGUGCUGACGGAGAUCGUCAAAGGAUUUCCACUCGCACAACCUCCCAAAGCGAAGGCCCUCCAUGUUUUGAUUGCUCAUGUUGUCUCGCCGAUUUUUUCUUCCGAUCAUUGUUUGCUGCUUCUGAUUCUCCUUUUCUCUCGUCAAGAUUGAUUGAGUUUACUGUAUCAAUUUUGGGCCUCAUCGGUCUUGUACUCUGUUCUAUAAUCACAUAUUAUAAGAAAACUAGACUAGGGUUACAAGUUUUUUCUUCUUUUGUUUUAUUCUUCUUCCCUUAUAUAGUUUCAAUUGAUUGUAGCUUUGGGUUCCAUGUUAAUGGAUUUUCCCUUCCCAGUAUUGUAUUAUUGACGUUUAUAUGAUUGCUAUCUUCUCGUUUGUUUUUUUUUUUUCCCUUUCUUGAUAUGAUUUUCUACGGGGAAAAGGUGUGAAAAAAAUAUAGAAAAAAAAAAAGAGAAAAGAAUUGGUAAAAAUUAUCAUCAAGCAAUAUAUUCUUGACAUCCCCUUUUCUUAAUAAAAAAAAGAGAGAGCGAGAGAGGAAAAUAAAAACGAGACUGUAGAACUUUGUAUAUUACUUUUGAAUGGGGAGCCCUGCAUUAAGUGGCCGGAAUAAUGGGCAGCAGCGAUUAGGCAUUACCGAUCCCAUUUCGUUGAGUGGGCCGACGGAGUACGACGUGAUAAAGACUCGCGAACUUGAAAAGUAUUUGCAAGAUGCUGGAUUGUACGAAAGUCAGGAGGAAGCCGUGAGUAGAGAGGAAGUUCUUGGGAGACUAGACCAGAUUGUGAAGAUUUGGGUUAAAUCAAUUAGUCGUGCAAAGGGGUUGAAUGAGCAACUGGUACAAGAAGCCAAUGCUAAGAUUUUCACGUUUGGUUCAUAUCGUUUAGGGGUACAUGGCCCUGGUGCAGAUAUUGAUACGCUGUGUGUGGGACCUAGACAUGCAACACGUGAAGAAGACUUUUUUGGUGAGCUACAUAAAAUGCUGUCAGAGAUGCCUGAAGUAUCUGAGUUACAUCCUGUGCCUGAUGCUCAUGUUCCUGUGAUGAGAUUUAAGUUUUCCGGGGUUUCUAUUGAUCUUCUCUAUGCAAAAUUGUCACUUUGGGUUAUUCCUGAAGACUUGGAUAUAUCUCAGGAUUCGAUACUUCAAAAUGCAGAUGAACAGACAGUUCGUAGUCUAAAUGGUUGUCGAGUUACUGAUCGAAUUUUGCGGUUAGUUCCAAAUAUUCAGGUUGUGAAUCAAAACUUGCCUAGAUGUUUUUAUCUCUUUUUCUCAUUAACUUUGUUCAUUCUUAAAGUUCGGUUGAUUUAUGAAGUGCAGAGUUUUCGAACAACAUUGAGAUGCAUGAGAUUUUGGGCAAAACGCCGAGGUGUUUAUUCCAAUGUUUCGGGGUUUCUUGGUGGUAUAAACUGGGCAUUGCUUGUUGCUCGGAUAUGCCAACUAUACCCCAAUGCAUUGCCAAAUAUGCUUGUGGCUCGUUUUUUCAGGGUCUUCACCCAGUGGCGCUGGCCAAAUCCUGUUAUGCUUUGUGCUAAUGAAGAAGGAUCUCUUGGACUUCCAGUUUGGGAUCCAAGGAGAAAUCCGAAGGAUAGAUACCAUUUAAUGCCUAUAAUUACUCCUGCUUAUCCUUGUAUGAAUUCUAGCUACAAUGUUUCGGCAAGCACUUUGCGUAUUAUGACUGAAGAAUUUCGAAGGGGACAUGAUAUUUGUGAGGUUAUGGAAGAAAAUAAGGCCGAUUGGGACACACUUUUUGAGCCUUACCCCUUCUUCGAAGCAUACAAAAACUACUUGCAAAUAGACAUUACUGCAGAAAAUGAUGAUGACCUGAGAAUUUGGAAAGGUUGGGUUGAAUCUCGCCUUCGCCAACUGACAUUGAAGAUCGAAAGACAUACGUAUAACAUGCUUCAGUGCCAUCCACAUCCAGGAGAUUUUUCUGACAAAUCCAGACCUUUCCACCAUUGUUAUUUCAUGGGUUUGCAGCGAAAACAAGGAGUUCCUGCAAGUGGGGGUGAACAGUUUGAUAUAAGGUUGACAGUUGACGAAUUUAAACGUUCUGUCAAUGUAUAUACACAGCGGAAGCGUGGGAUGGAGAUUUAUGUCUCCCAUGUGAAAAGGAGGAGUAUACCAAAUUUUGUUUUCCCGGGUGGAGUUCGACCUUCGCGUGCAUCAAAAUUGACUUGGGAUAGUAGGCGUAGUUCAGAACUAAAAGCUUCUGACAGUACUCAAGUAGACAGCCCAUCUGAAGUUACAGGAAGUUUAGAUGGGAUAGAUGAUAGAAGGAAAAGAACGCGUAUUGAUGAUAAUGCAAAUACUAACUUGAGAAAUGGAGAGUGCUUGGCUGCUGCUCAUUCCCACCUUGAGGAAGUUCAUGAAGUCUGCCAAGUCAGCAACACUAGCUCAUGUUCCAUUAAGGAUGCAAAUUUUAUUCCCACCAGUGCAGAUAACUUAGAAAAUCUGGCAGAUGUUUCCCCUCAGAACAAUGGAGAUCAUGGAUUGAUAGGAGUUACUCGCUCCACAAACAUUGUACCUGUGGCUACUAAUACAUUAAACUGCAAAGAAGCAGAAAAGCUGGCAAUUCAAAAAAUUCUGUCCGACUCAUAUAACUCUCAUCAAGAUUUUCCUUCUGAGCCUGAAGAGCUGGACGAUUUUGAUUAUAAACAAGCAGCUAAAGAUUUUGGGGCUACUAAGCAAGGUAGCCCUAUGAGGUCUUCGGAUGCAAACACGUCUUCUAUAGUAGUGCCUAUGGUAUCUUGCAAUGAAGCACGCCAGUCAAGUUCUUAUUCUAAUGGGGGCUUAGAGGAGCUUGAGCUUGCUGAGGUUGUGGCGCCAUUGUCAACUGGGACCGCUCCUGCACCUGUAGCUGAGCGAAAGCCAAUUAUCAGGUUGAGCUUCACUUCCUUGGGCAAAGCUGGUAAAAGCUCGUAAAGAAGGCUUCUUCCCUUCCCAAAAGCAGCUCGAGAGAGCAUCCCUCUAAUCUGUUAUGUACUAGGCGAUGUCCUGCCGGUCGAUUUUCUUUUCAUGUAACUCUUGACCCUUAAUAAUAUAAAAGGAAAAAAAAAAAGAAAAAAAAGGUCCUAAGUUUUUAUGUAAUUUGUAUAACGGGCUUGAAGGGCCCCAUGUGCCAACAGUUCUACAAAUGUACUAGUCGGUGUAUGCCUUCUUUUUUUUUUACCGUGUUAAUACAGAUGAUAGCUUCUAUUAUUUCUUCUAAA